UUCGAAUAAAUUAAGAGCAUCCAUCAUGAGUUUAUUGUAUUUUUUUUCUGUCAUUCACAAAACGCAAAUUGUGCACCAACAUGUGUCAUGUUUUCCUUCCUUUAUUAUCAUACACGCGCAUCUUUAACCCCGCCCCCCUUCCCCUCAACCCCCAUGGGAUGCCGGAAGCGCUCCGGGAAGGGUUGGGAGGGGGGUGGGAGGGGUCCACAACAACAAGCUCGUGCACGAGAGAGAGAGAGAGAGAGUGUGUGGCGUUAGACAAUACCUCUCCUCCAAUCUAUUCCCGCCCCUCCGCGGUGAAGUGAGCCUUUAUUAGACGGGGGGUCGUCGGAUCUUAUCUCACACGUGAAACCGGGAGAGCCACAGGAAGUGUUCAUAUGCACAUCAAGUGACUCCCCCCAUCCCGAAGACUCUUUAUCUCCAUCAUCAUCAUCAUCGUCAUCGUCACCUUCCGACACGCGGAUGGAGGAGUAGCCGGCGAUCCGCUUCCAUUGUUUCUCCAUCAUCACAUGUGGAGGAGCGAAUCUUCUGACGACACCGCCCCCCCCCCCCAAAAAAAGCUGCGUCCGACAUCAGCUGUAACAGCGAAUUCCUCUCCAAACAUUUCACCGGCGCGCAUGCACUCCCGAUGUGUGCGAGUUGGAGAAGAAAAAGUUGACAUCCAAGUUGCGUGUGCAACACCGAACUGGAAUAUGACUUCGAGUUGAGCAUCUUUGGAGGAUAUUUGCGAGAGAAAGAUUUUUUUCUUCUUUUUUUUUUUUUUUAAAAAAGCUGACAACUGUAUCAAGGAACUUCCGUGCAAACGACGGAUAUUAAAGAUGAUGCUCAGUCCGGACCAGGCCGAGGCGGACCUCUCGUGGACUCAAUCCGACCCGGAGACGCUGCUGAGCGGCCUGAAAUCGGCGGGAUGCUCGUCCGAGGAGCCCGCGGAGGGCGACGAGCGGGCCGUUAAGUGUCGGGCGGAUCAGCCUCUGAGCCGCGAGGAGAAGCGGCGACGGCGGCGGGCCACCGCCAAGUACCGCUCGGCGCACGCCACCAGGGAGCGGAUCCGGGUGGAGGCGUUCAACGUCGCCUUCGCCGAGCUCCGCAAACUGCUGCCGACGUUGCCGCCGGACAAGAAACUGUCCAAAAUUGAGAUCCUUAGACUUGCUAUCUGCUACAUCUCCUAUCUCAACCACGUCCUGGACGUUUAAAAAAAAGAAAAGAAGAAAAAAAAAGGAAAAAAAAAAGAAAAAGUCAGCAUCCAUUCGGCCUUUGAGAUUUUCUUGAACAGCAUUUUUUCUUUUUUUUUCCAUUCUCCAUUUUCAAACGCGCCCCUCUGCUUCUCGUAGUCCAGCGGGCGAAAGUUGAUUUGAAAAAAAAAAAUGUUUGUGCCCCCCUUCCCGUCACGCAAAAGGCUCGUUGGCGGCCGAUCGGGCGCCAAAUUGCCGCAUCAUUCUUUCGGAUCCGUGGCGGCGCGUGGCCCAAAGGCAUUAGCGGGCCAUUCGAUGACGUCAUGGAACGACCAUCCCAAAACGAGUCCCAUUUUAAUCGAAUUCAUUCGUCCACACCAUCAGUCGCAAAUUAAUGACGUAGACUUUAUGCGGCCACAAAAGCGGAAAUGUCCGUCCAGUCAUGACGGGUGAGGAAUGAGAACAAGCGAAAGUGCCACUUAUGACGUAUAAAACGGUGACCUUAAAUUGUUAUUUUAUUUUAAGCGUGUGGUAUUAUUUAUUUAUUUGUGUUGCUAUUUAAGACUACACUUAUUUAUGUUUACCUCGGGCGCGUGUACGUGUGUGUGCGUGCGUGCGUGUGUGUGUGCGUGAGUGUAUGUGCGUGUAAUUGCUUUCGCUUCGAUAUUUUAGACUGUGGAAUUCAAACUGGAAAAGUGAUGGUCCUCUUUAAAAAUGCACUUUCUGUUUAUUUAUUUCGCGUGAGUCUGUUGUAUAUGCUUUAUUAUGAUUAUUAUUAUUAUUACUGUCAUCAUUUGACGUCUGUUGUCUAUCAAUAGCAACGAUAAGCACUUCAAGGUGGAGCACACGAGCUCUAUAAAAUAUUUAUUUCCUGAUAGUUAAGAGGUUAGAAACGGGCCCCUCGUACCUUUUUAUUUUUAAAACGAUUAUGGGAAACGGCUUCCACCGCUGAGGGAUUGAAAUGAUUCAAUCUCUCUUUUUUUUUGCUGUGACCAAAAAAAACAAGUAAUUUACAAGAAGUAGCCUACUCUGAAUUUAUUAUGUUCAAUAAUUUGAUGUUAUUGGGGGUGGGGAGGGUGUUAUUUGUUUAAUUGUCUCUGCUUUGUAUUUGGAAAUUAAUGACGUGCUUUUUCUAGUGAAGAGAAAAAAAAAACAUAUCCUCUAUCCAAAGAAUUUUUUUGUCUCUUCAGGGUUGUGUAGACUACUUGUUGCUUAUAUGCACAUCUUUUGUAGUAGAGCUAUUGUGUGACUGCUGGUUUCUAAAGGAGAAGACUUUUCAUAUUUUCCGGUGUUAUUUUCAAUUAAAAACGGAGAUAUUUGAA